CGGAAGUGGCUUGGGGCAAGAUGCGUGUUGGCCGGUGUUGUGCCUCCGCACGCUUGGAAGUUAGGGGCUGGAGGGGCCUGGUCCGGUUACAGCUGUCGCUCCUUUUUAUACCAGCCCUUUCUCCAGGUCUGUCCACCCUUUGCAGCCUCCCUUCCCCACCCCGGGCCGCCGCUGGAACUCACGAAGUACCCUUAAAGAAGAGGCCCUCAGAAGGUUUCUCUCAUAAGAAGAUAAAGAAAGUAGUGGAAACGAGUGUCCUGAGCUUUUCUGGCCCUAAAUGGCUGCAGAAUCAAGGAAGUCUUUAGCCCCAUCCCCACCAGACCAGGCUCCUGAAGAGGACCUUGUAAUCGUCAAGGUAGAGGAAGAUCAUGGUUGGGACCAGGAAUCAAGUCUACAUGAAAAUAACCCUCCUGGCCAAGAGCUAUUCCGCCUGCGCUUCAGGAAGUUAUGCUACCAAGAGACACUAGGACCCCGAGAAGCUCUGAUCCAACUCCGGGCACUUUGCCAUCAGUGGCUGAGGCCAGAUUUGAACACCAAGGAGCAGAUCUUGGAGCUGCUAGUGCUGGAGCAGUUCUUGACCAUUCUGCCUGAGGAGCUCCAGACUCUGGUUAAGGAACAUCAGCUAGAGAAUGGAGAGGAGGUGGUGACCCUAUUGGAGGAUUUGGAAAGGCAGAUUGAUAUACUAGGACGGCCAGUCCCGGCUCGUGCACAUGGACAUAGGGUACUCUGGGAGGAGGUGGUGCAUUCCACAUCUGCACCAGAGCCUCCAGAUACUCAGUGCCAACCUAUGGCAACCCAGCACAAAUCUCCAGUGCUCCAAGGGCCACAAGACCGAGCCAUAUCUGCUUCACAGAGUCCUGCCUCUUCCCAGAAAGGAAGUCCUCGAGACCAGGAAAUGACAGCUACACUUCUUACAGCAGGGUUCCAGACUUUGGAGAAGAUUGAGGACAUGGCUGUGUCCCUGAUUCGAGAGGAGUGGCUUCUUGAUUCAUCACAGAAGGAUCUGAGUAGAGAUAACAGGCCAGAGAAUUACAGAAACAUGUUCUCCCUGGGUGGUGAGACCAGGAAUGAGAACAGGGAAUUAACUUCAAAACAGGUAAUAUCUACUGGAAUCCAACCACAUGGAGAGACAGCUGCCAGAUGCAACGGGGAUGUUAUCGGGGGUCUUGAGCAUGGAGAAGCCCGAGACCUUCUGGGCACGUUAGAGAGGCAGCGGGGAAAUGCCACCCAAGAGAGACGACAUAAAUGUGAUGAAUGUGGGAAGAGCUUUGCUCAGAGUUCAGGCCUUGUUCGCCACUGGAGAAUCCACACUGGGGAGAAACCCUAUCAGUGUAAUGUGUGUGGUAAAGCCUUCAGUUACAGGUCAGCCCUUCUUUCCCAUCAGGAUAUCCACAACAAAGUAAAACGCUACCACUGUAAGGAGUGUGGUAAAGCCUUCAGUCAAAACACAGGCCUGAUCCUGCACCAGAGAAUCCAUACUGGGGAGAAGCCGUAUCAGUGCAAUCAGUGUGGGAAGGCUUUCAGUCAGAGUGCGGGCCUUAUUCUGCACCAGAGAAUCCACAGUGGGGAGAGACCCUAUGAAUGUAAUGAAUGUGGGAAAGCUUUCAGUCAUAGCUCACACCUCAUUGGACAUCAGAGAAUCCACACUGGGGAGAAGCCCUAUGAGUGUGAUGAGUGUGGGAAAACCUUCAGGCGGAGCUCACAUCUUAUUGGCCAUCAGAGAAGCCACACAGGGGAGAAACCAUACAAAUGCAAUGAGUGUGGGAGGGCCUUCAGUCAAAAGUCAGGCCUUAUUGAACAUCAGAGAAUCCAUACUGGAGAAAGACCCUAUAAAUGUAAAGAAUGUGGGAAAGCUUUCAAUGGGAACACUGGCCUCAUUCAGCAUCUGAGAAUUCACACAGGGGAGAAGCCCUAUCAAUGUAAUGAGUGUGGGAAAGCCUUUAUUCAGAGGUCAAGUCUCAUUCGACAUCAGAGAAUCCACAGUGGAGAAAAAUCUGAAUCCACAGGAGUUUAGGAAAAAACUUCAGUCAUAGAUUGGGCAUUAUUCAACAUUAGAGGAACCACGUGCUGGUGAGAGGUCUUUCAGUGUAA